CUGCAAACUCUUAGGGAAGUAUCAGCCCCCAACUCGUUCGAAAGAUCAGCAUUGAACCAAUGCCUGCAGACGAGAGCUGUGACACCGCCACUUGAUUGGUGCAGAAACUCUGCUGAUCACCUAGGUUACAGCAUCGUAUUAAUGGUUAAUUCUUGUAGGAUGUUGCUGGGCGGGUUGGAAAUAUAAGAUGAAACGCUAAAGCAAAGAGGACAGGUAGAGAGAGAGAGAGAGACACACACACACACACACAGACACAGACAGACAGGCAUGGGGAAAGGCGGAGAGAAAAAAGAAGAAGAAGACUUCGAGAAGAAAGUACCCCUUUACACGUGGGACGAGAUUGAGAAGCACAAUAGCAGGACGGACCAGUGGCUUGUGAUUGAUAGGAAAGUAUACAACAUCACCAACUGGGCGCUCAAACACCCGGGAGGGAUUCGGGUUAUCAGUCAUUAUGCCGGCGAAGAUGCAACGGAUGCAUUCCAGGCUUUCCAUCCAAACCUGACCUUUGUCCGAAAAUUUCUGAAACCACUUCUGCUUGGUGAGCUAGCACCGGGAGAGACUGGCCAGGACCACCAGAAGAAGCUAGAGUUGAUUGAAGAUUUUCGGGCCUUGCGGAAAACAGCAGAGGACAUGGAACUAUUUAAGACAGAUCUGGUCUUUUUCUCCCUCCACCUUGGCCAGCUUUUUCUCCUGGAAUUCCUAGCCUGGUUUACGUUGUCAUAUUUUGGGUCUGGUUGGAUUCCAACGCUCAUGGCUGCCUUAAUCCUGGCAACCUCACAGGCUCAGUCAGGCUGGCUUCAACAUGACUUCGGACAUUUGUCAGUUUUCCGGAAAACAAAAUGGAACCACCUGUUACACAAGUUCCUGAUAGGUCACAUGAAGGGAGCUUCUGGAAACUGGUGGAAUCAUCGACACUUCCAACACCACGCCAAGCCCAACAUCUUUAAUAAAGACCCUGAUGUGAACAUGCUGAAGAUGUUCGUACUGGGAAACACACAACCUGUGGAGUUUGGAAAAAAGAAGAUCAAGAAUUUGCCGUACAACUAUCAGCACGAGUACUUCUUCCUCAUUGGCCCGCCCCUGCUAAUUCCGGUGUAUUUCUACUAUCAGAUAACGAUGACGAUGAUCGCCCACCGCGAUUGGGUGGAUGUUGCCUGGGCAGCAACGUACUACAUCCGCUACUUCAACACUUAUGCCUCUUUCUAUGGAUUCUUUGGGUCUGUCAUCUUUGUUCUAUUCGUCAGGUUUAUCGAGAGCCAUUGGUUUGUGUGGGUGACCCAGAUGAGCCAUAUUCCAAUGGAAAUUGAUAAUGAAAAGCACAAGGACUGGCUCAGUAUGCAGUUGGACUCCACGUGUAACAUUGAACAAUCCAUCUUCAAUGACUGGUUCAGUGGUCAUCUCAACUUUCAGAUUGAGCACCACCUUUUCCCCACGAUGCCUCGUCACAACUACUACAAGAUCGCACCUUUAGUGAAGUCGCUGUGUGACAAGCAUGGCCUGAGCUACCAGGUGAAACCAUUGUCGCAGGGCUUUAAGGAUAUCGUAGGGGCCCUGAAGAAGUCUGGCGACUUGUGGUUAGAUGCUUACCUCCACAAAUGAGGCUGCUCCAGCAAUCCUCGCUUCCCUCUCUCCUCACUGCUCUCUGAGUUCCAGCACUGCUUUGGAAUUCCAGUUUCUUUCGGAGUCUGUGUGCAUCUCAAGUGAUUUCCGCAGUAUUAACAGGAUGCUGCCACUGGCUCUCUGCAAGACCUGACCGCAGAUCCCAUCAUCAACUGAAGGCUGGUGAAGAGCAACUUUGAAUCAAAUUGUUCCACACCCCUAUCCCAUCCCCAUUCCAGCCUUGGCAGGCAACCAACCUCAAUGGAGCAGAGUCCGUUUUAAUUAGGCAAGAGA